AUGUAUGCCCUCACCAUCAUCUUUGCCGCCCUUAGCCUGGCUACUGCCUCCCCGGCUUCAGAUUUAGCAUCUCGUCAGGUUGCUGUUGUUGCCUCUGUCGACCGCUUCACCGGUCCUGGCUGCACUGAAACCAUUUGCAACAUAGCCGGCUCUGGAGAUCUUCGCGCCGGAUGUAACGCCAUCACUGACUCUUGCCAAGGGAGCUUAAGGCUAAACUACGCCAAUGUUGGUUGCAAGGUGGCCAUCUGGACCGACGCGAGUUGCACCAGCGUCACCCAGUUUGCUAACGUCACUACGCCUGGCCAAUGCUACGCUCUUGGUCCACCUAUCAAGGGUAUCUCCGUUACCUGCUAA